AUGGGAUCCUGGGCGAUUUCUCACUUCAACCCCUCACGCACCGAAGGCCUAGUGAGGAAGGGCCUCCUCUGCGAGAGGACGGAGGCGGGUGGAUGGGAGCUUCUAGAGAUGGAGCAGGCGCUGGCGCCGCCCACCGACUAUCACAUCACGGCGUUCAUCGCGCUGUGCGAGGGGUUCCUGGGCAUCGAGCCCAACUUCUCACUGUGGAAAUACUUCUUCACGGGCAGCAUGGCCCAGGUCGUGGACUCGCGCUCGCCGGUGCCGGAGGACGCCGAGCGGCGGCUCGCCGCCCCUCGAGGCCUUGUUCUGCAGCUGGCGCCCAAGAAGGCGCUGCGGGUGUCAUCCGCCCGUGCAGAGCGGAACACGGCCCCGCCCGCUGCGAGCGACGGGGUUCCUGGUGAGGUCGUGGGUCCCACCGCGGAAGUGGCCCCCGUGAUGGCGAGCGGUGGAGUGGUGUUGCCGCCGGGCGCGGGAGAGGGUGCGGACCCCGCUCCGCCCUCCACUUCCUUGGCCGACCCCGUGGUGCAGAGUAUCGCUCCCCGGGGCCCUCAGGCCGGGGAGGUGAUCGACCUCAACGCCGACGAGGCGGGGGGAAUGGCGGCGGUGGUCAUGGCGACGGAUGUCCCAGCGGCCGCGACGGGAACAACGGCAGCGACAGAGGGAGGAGAGCCUGCCCCCGCGGCCACGGCGGGAACGGUGGCAACGGGGGAGGCUAGGACAGAGGAGGCGGUGGCGACGGAGACAGGGACUUCCACCCAGGGAGCCAUGGCGGAGGUGGCGCCUGCGGCGGAGGCGGAGGUGCCUGCUCCGGAGGCCCCGACAGGGGUGGAGGCACUUGCCUCGGCGGUCGCAAUGGAGGGCGAGGUGGCCACGGGGAUGCUCGCUCCGCCGCCUGCGUCGGAGGCGGUGGCACCGACGGGCGGGCCCGCGGCGACCUCAACGGGGGCAGGUGCGCGGGUGCCGGGACCGUCGGUGAACCCGACGGCUUCCGGGAUGGUGGAGCCCAUUCUGAUGGCGGCAUCGGGGUCGGCUCCCACCUCUACCUCGGCCACUCCUAUUCUUAAGGCGUGGAGAGGGUCCAUCUUGCGUUGGUCGUCUCGUGAUGACCCGUCGAGACAACUCUUCACCUUGGAUGACGCCGCGGAAUGGCGCAAGUGGCAGGCGAUGCAGGGUGGCCUCGCUAAUGCCCGCGCGGCUCUGUCCUUGGCGUUGGGGGAGCUGGACAGCGUUGUCCUCCCUGGUAGCCAGGCUCUCUAA